AUGGCCGGAGAUAGUCCAAACCUCAUGUUUACACCUUCCAGGGCGGGUAACAAUCCAUACAAUCCAGACCCCACCAGCGAUACCAUUACUGUGAAAGUGGGGAUGCCGAAUUUCAACGAUGGAAAGGACAUCUUUACUGUUCAGAAAUCCGUCCUUUACAACGAUGAUCAGUUCCGUGGUGGGUGUUGGAUCAAUAGCGACAGGACGGUACAUCUCAGAGCAAAACCCGAAGACUUCAAGACCUACAUGACAUGGCUGUACACCCGCCGGCUGCCGGAGCAUAUUGCGGACCCAAAACCCAAAGCUGGAUACCGAGUCGAACCUGGACUGGCUGCCGACUUCAUAUGA